AAAGCGUCUAGAUACAAGAAACUUAGAUUGACGGUAACAAGUUGAUGAAGAAAACUUGCUUUAGAAAAACAUCACACACGUGAACAGUUCGGUUUGUUUUGAUGUUAUAUACGUGUAUUUCCUGAUGUCUUUACUUCCGAGAAAAUCUAAGGCGUAAAUCUCGAGGACAAAGUGGGAUCAUGCCAAAAUUCAACUUCUCCUUUCGAAGAAGAGAACAAAACGCGUUUAAGAACAUAGCUCAUGGCUUAAUCCCUGCUGCCACCAUUGCUCCCAAGCCUGCUGUUCCCCGCACUCCUCCCCCUCGUAGCCCCGUUUCCUCACCAGAGAGACCCAGGUCUGCUCUUGCGGCUGCCAUAUUGACGUCCUCCUUAACAGGACGUACCUUUGCCAUCCCUCCACCUCGCAGCAGGUCCUAUUCUGAGAGCGAAUGCUCACACACAGACAGCCACACUGGCUUUGAGCCCUACGCCAGCACAGCACUUUACACCAGGGAUCGAUGGCCAGAUUCAGUGGCAGGCCGACCUCGUCUGCCUUCUCCACGACCCAGCGACGAUGACAAUGAUAACGACGAGGUUGAGGAGGAAGAGUCAGAGGCAGACGUGUGUGGAGAGGAAAGCCACGUGUACCAGUCUAUAAAGAGACAGGGCAGAGCUCCAGUUGCAUUGAAGAAGACCUCUGCAUUUCACUUAAAACUGGAUGAGGACACGGACAACUCUACUUUUGAGAUCGUCUCUCCUUUAAACACUGAAGAUGAAACCGAGGUGGACGAAGGGACGAGCAUAAAGAAGCCUCCACUGGCACCACAGACCAAGUGUCCAUCGCCCAGAAGUAUGGCAUCUCCAGAUGCAAAAGAAGAUCUGCGAGCUCAGUCUCCAUCCAGCAGCACUCCAAGGAGAAAGACCUCGAUGAAGAAUAAGAGUCCAGCACGAGAGCGUAAGAGAGACAAAUUAGAGGUGAAUGAGGCAUAUCAACAUGCUGUGGAGUUUCAGCGGGAGCUGGUGAAUGAGUUGAGAGAGCUUAGAGAACAAAAUCACACUCUGACUGCACAGAAGGAGGUGCUGGAGAGGAUGUGCUCAGAACAGAACCAGCAAAUCCAGCACCUACACCAGCAAACAUCACACUCAACAGGUGAGAGUUCUGAACUGCUGAGUUUGAGGCAGCAGGCACAGGAGCUGGUGGAUGAGAAUGAUGGAUUGAAGAUGACAGUGCAUCGGCUAAACGUGGAGCUGAGCCGAUAUCAAGCACGCUUUAGACCACUCACCAGAGAGGAGUGUUCUCGUAGCAGUGGCCUACCAGGGAAAGGACCUACUCCUCCGUGGCUGCUGGAUAUAAAAUAUUUAUCCCCGCUCUUAUUGGCUUAUGAGGACCAGCUGACUGAGAAAGACCAGCUCUUCAAAGCCUAUGAGGAGGAUUUAAAGAAGUUGAGAGAGCGCACAGAGGAGGUGAUUCAGGAGAAUGAGAAGCUUCACACAGAGCUCAGCAAGAGGAGCAGUGUCAGUAAUAAAGAGUGGAAGCAGUUGCAAGAUCAGGCACGGCUGGUUUUGGAGGAGAAUCAGGUGCUCAUAGAACAGCUGGAACUGCAGCAUAGUAAAUCCAAGGAGAGAGACACCAAACACACACAAGAAGUGUGUAGGUUGACAAAGCAGGUCAUGCUGUUGGAGUCUGAGAAGGAGAACCUGGAGUCUGAGUUAGAGAUGACACAUAAAGAUCUCUGCAUGCUGAAGGUGAAGCUUAAGAAAGCUAAUUCAACCCUGGAGAGCUCGGUCAGCCGCGUCGAACAUACAACCGCUACAGACAAACUCAGAUGGAAGCUGGAGGAAGAGGAGAAGCUGAAAUGUACUGAGGUAGAGGAGCUGCAGGAUCGUGUGGCCACACUGCAGGCUGAGAAAAAGACUCUUUUUUUGGAGAAAAAUGACCUUAAUGCACACAUCAAACACCUGGAGAGCGAGGUCCAGCUGGCACGCCAAGCCAACAGGAAAGCUCAAAGGCGUAUCGAUCUUCUGAAGCAGCAGAUUGAAGAUUCUUUAGAGAAGGAGCUCGUAGCCCACCAGUACCUCACCAGCAUUGUGAUACUUGCAGAGAAAACCACUUAUGAGAGAGACCAACUCAUACACAUGGCCUCAUGUCUGGAGAAAGACAAGCAGGGCAUCAUUACUCGCAUCCUGGAGGGAACCGUUCGCCUUGGAAAACUUCAGGAAAAGGUCAAGGUGUUCAAGAAGCAAGCGUCAGCGAGUGUGUGUGCGCUGGGCCAGCGUUUGCAUGAACAGGAACAGGACUUUGCAGGCAAAGCGUCAAGUUUUCAGCGGGAGAUCCAGCACCUGCAGGCUCAGCUUCGCGACCGACAAGAACAACUCAACGGAGCUCUGCAGCAAAAGAGGGAGGUGGAGAAUGAACUGGAGGUGGUAUGGGAAGCCGCUGCAAAAGAAAACCAGCAUUUGCAGGACAUUGUGUUGGGCAAGGUCAAUGUCUUGUUGAGCCCUCAUGACUCACGCCUGUCUGUGGACUGGAAGCCACAGGAAGAUCUCAACCCUGCAGGUCAUCUGAACAGCACAAUAUCUCCUAUCUUUAGCAUGAAACCAUAUCAGAGUAGUGCCAUGUUCAAACCUGACCCUCAGUACCACAAUCUGUCAUUUGAUGAGAGCGAGAGGAAUGGAUUAGACUUCUAUUCCUGAUUUGACAAGUGGUGUUCCUAAUAAAGAAUGGGAUUAUUUUAAUAAAUAAGUAAGCACUACACAAGACCUAAACAUGAUUAGAUAUGCUCUAUGUGCCAAAUCAUCGAUUCUAAUUUAUUUUUGUCUGUUUACUUUGUAAAACUGUACUGAGCUCUUCUUCUACCCCAAACUGAAUAAUCAUCUGGUCGUAAUUCAAACAUACCACUGUAAUUUUAUAGAUGGUAUAGAUGGUGAUCAUUUCUUCUUCUGUGUAACCCCAACAAAAAUUAUCCAUCCAACUAACUUUUUAAGAAUUCAAAAUGUUUUUCUUCCCUUUAAAGAAUUCUUUUUGGCACCAUAAUUAUUAUUAAUGCACUGAAAUUCUAAAAGUUCGUUCUCAACUGUAAAUAUAAAGCAAACCAUAUAUGUGAUUUAUGAUGUUUUAUAGGUUUUAUAUAUAUAACUUAAAAAUAUGUGUCAGUGUAUUAUAUAAAACUAUAUAAAACAAAUUAUCACAUAAAAAAUUAGCUAUGAAAAAAAGUUCUGCUCAUUGUCUUGGGCAGCUUCCCAUACAGGGGGGUGUGCUUUUAAUUGCUUUCUGAUUGGAAUUAGUAGUGAGAGAUAAUAGAGUUGUGUCCUUGAGAGAGACUAAGACAAAACUGACUAAACUGAUUUAAAGAUUCUACGCCGAUAAGUAAAGAGGUUCGGAUUAUUGCCUUAUGUGUAAUCUUAAUUAUUGAUCAUAUCUGAAGAACAUGGUCAUUUUACAAAGCAAUUGAACUGGCGAUAAAUAAAUUGACUUGAUGGACAUGAGCAAACUGGUGUGCCAUUUUCAUUACUGCAUUAUCAAAGAAUCUCUAUAAAAGAAUAUGAUUUAAGUACUUCUUAGAUGCUAGUUGAUAAAUAAUGUAUACUACUCCAUCUAUUUGUAGUAUCCACGAGUUGUAUGGUUACAAUUUCAAGGAAACUUUAAGAGGCUUUUACCACAUGCAUGUAUAGAAUUUUUAUUUGCAAAUAGUAAUUAAAAAAUUAUCCUAAAUUGUCAUUUUUAAUCAUUGAGAAUUAUGCUUCAGAUCUUUGUCCAUCUGUGCUGUGAACCUCCUUCCAAUGGGUUUUAAAGCAUUCAAUUGUAUUUAUAUAACCCUACAUAAUUCAGUCUUCAUCCUCAGCAAUUACAUUCUUAUAAAAUACAAGGGAACCAACUUUAGCGGCAGCCGUGCUUCUAUAGUAAUGUAUGCAUGAUGAUUCUCACCUGCCUCCCGAGUCUUCCUCCAUAUUCCCACAGAUUAUAAGUCAUUACUAUUCUAUAACACCAAGCAGUGCCUACUGAGUUAAAAUGAGUGCAAACAGGGAUUUUGGUAAGACAGACAUGAGUCCACUCCACUUUCCACAAGUGAACCUGUGAAAGUAGCGGUUGAAAAUGGAUGGAACCUGUGAAAGUGGGAUGAAAC